AAUAUUUUCAAUUGAUUACGUAAUAGUCUAGAACAGUUAUUACAGGUAUAAAAGUCGCCGCUCUAACAUACAAUCCUUACAACUGCGCACAAGCUUAAAGAGUAAAGGAGUAAAGUUAGCUAUCAUUAAAUAAUCAGGACAUAAGUUUCAAAAAUUGGUUUGACAAACAUGGGAAACGACAACUUGUCUAUUGUGAGUUUUAACAGCUCAAGAAAAGGUCUUUUAACAUUAUCACCUGACCAAAGACCAUCAUAUUUGCAGAGAAUAUUUCAAAGUUCGAAUGCGAAGCCAGACAUAUGCUUCCUUCCUGGAGACGACAAAUAUGCGAAACUUAACGCUAUCAGAGGCUAUGAUCAGUUCACUGUUCCUAAUUCAGAAGAUACUGUUGUUCUUUUUGACGUCAACAGGGUAAAAAUGGAGAAACCAAAAGUCAGUUUUAAUUCUUUUGGACAGUUGCCUGGCUUGGAUUUCGAUAAACUCGUGGUUCCCCAAGUAGAGGUUUCUACCCUCCAGCCGUAUAAGCAAGUGGUAAAGGAAUUCUCGAUGAUCUCCUGGAAAUAUGGUUACUUCCAGUCAACCGGUUUUAGUGUUGAAACCCUCAUGGAAAGUUUAAUUACAUUUUCACAGAGACUUGCAAUCACGACAGGGAAACCAGUUCUGAUUGGUGGAGAAAUGAAUAUCGAGUAUAGUACCUUGAUGAAAAUAGUGAAAAAACUUUCAACUGAUCAACAAGAAGAGUUUCUAGCAAAUAUGCAACCGGUGAUGUGUGAGCAGGGCUUUCUUCCCUCCAUGACAAAGUCUUCCCUCAGAGAUAUACGUCAUUUGUUUAUGAUGAAUGUAUUUCAAUGCAAAUCCACCAGCUCAAAUGGCGUUAUUAAAACGUGGGAAGACAGACAAAGGACCGAAAUUGUGCCUGACUGUUUCAUUGCAUCCAAACAUCUAAAACUCGCAGAGGCUUCUCUAUUGGAUGUUGAAGAGGUCACAGGACGCCAAAUUUGCAUGUCAUUAUUGCAAAAACAUAAACCAACUCAAACCUCUAUGGAAAUUCCUGUGAGACCCCCAAAACAUCAUGGCGGCUAGAUAAAAACCCAGUUUUGAUCAUUCGUCAACGACCAAGUGUAGAGAGAAAGUAAAAAAUGGCGAAGGAUAAUAGCACUUGAAAGAUGUGAGACUGAGUAGUGUUGCGUAAUCAUUAUUGUGUUUUAUCACUGAUAAAAUAUGUUGUUGUUAGAAGAUUUUGAAAAAUGAUGGACGGGUGAUACUGAACAAUGGUAAAACAGGCUGAUUUGUGAUGCAUUCAAGAAGUAACGUUUCGUUUUAAUAAAUAUAUUUACUGGCAAAAGGCAAAACAAAGAUUUGACAUUAUAUUUGACGACAUAUUAAUUUGAUUUUGUAUAAAAGAUUAGCGUUCGGUAUUGAUUGUGUACAAGUUUUUUUCUAUCCUUUUUUGAAAUGACUACUAUAAAAAAUUAUCAUGAUAUGAUCAUUGUUAUGUAGAAAAUGUUUAAUCUUAUUUUGAUACCUUUGAAAACGAAAAUGAUUUGUCACUUACAAAUAUUAUCUAUCUAUUGUAUUUCUUUCAUUACAAAAGUUAGUGUAUUCUACAUGCAACUAUAGCACAUGCCAUUCCGCAUUGAGUGAUUAUUUAGAUAUGUGAUAUUGCCUUUUUAUUUCUAAAAAUAUAAAAUAAAGGUGUCUAUGUU